AUGCCGUACGACCUCAAAAAUCGGAAUGUUCUUGUGACCGGCGGAUCAGCUGGUCUUGGAGAGCUGGUCUGCAAGGCGUUUGCCAAGGAAGGCGCCAACAUUGCCAUUAACUAUUUUAACCGCCUCGAGCCUGCGCAGAAGGUACAGCAAGCAUGUGAAGAGUUGGGAGUCAAAGCUGUAGUUAUUAAGGCGGACAUGACGUCGACGUCGGAUGCGAGACGAGUAGUUCAGGAGACGAUCAAGCAGCUAGGCGGUCUUGAUUUGAUCAUUUCAAACGCGGGAUGGACACGUUUCGCUGAGUGGGAGGAUCUCGACUCCAUGUCGGAAGAGGAGUGGGAUAAGUGCUGGAAUGCAAACGUCAAAGUGCCCAAGGCUUUGCUUUCCGAGGCAAGAGCCACAUUUGAUGCUAACCCUGACGGUGGCCACAUGAUUACGACCGGAAGUAUUGCUGCUAUCGGCCAGGGAGGAAGCAGCAUGCCUUAUGCCGUCACAAAAGCAGCACAAUUGCAGCUGGUCAAGUGCCUUGCUGUGACUGUUGGGCCCACAAUACGCGUCAAUACGGUUCUUCCUGGCCUGCUGUUGACUGAAUGGGGACUCAAGUACUCGGAAGAGCGCAUCAAAACGCUCAAGGCGAAUGCAGCCCUGAAGCACGAAACAUUCCUGGAGGACUGUGUGGCUGCGUUUGUGAUGCUGGCGAAGAAUACCAGCAUGACGGGUCAGGGAGUCCAGCGCGUGGGCAUGUGCACGCCAUGGCUAGAAGCCUUUCCCGGAACCGCGAAACCCAUUCUCGAGGAAAUCGAUGAUACGCUCAAGCUUCCUCUUACAAAAGUCAUAGAAUCUGGUACCAAUGCUGAGCUCACAAAAACCGAGAAUGCGCAACCCGCCAUUAUGGCCACGUCGAUUCUGAUCCUGCGCAUACUGGAAAAGGAGUUUGGUUUCAAGACGGGCGAGCGUGUCGACAUCACCCUUGGCCAUUCUCUGGGAGAGUUUGCUGCACUCGUCGCUGGCGGCUAUCUAACCUUUGGCGAUGCACUGAAGAUGGUGCGGAGGCGAGCAGAGGUCAUGGCCAAAUGCAGCCAAGAGGCCGUAGCAGAAGAAGGCGGCGAGUUUGGCAUGGUAGCUUUGGUCUGUGAAUCCGAGGAGCACAUGCAAUCCCUCAUCCAAGGCAUACACGAGUUUCUCGCACUCGGCUCAAAAGCAGAUUCCCACGACUCUCUCCCUGCCGUCCAGCAAGUCGCCAUCGCCAACCUCAAUUCCAAGAACCAGAUUGUACUCAGUGGAAGCAUUGCUCGCAUAAACACACUGCUGACCAAUCUCCGUCAAUUUGGUGGCCACGAUCCACGCCAUGUUCGCCUCAAGUCCGACGCCCCCUUCCACAGCCUUCUCAUGAAGCCUGCCCAAGAGACCAUGAAGCAAAUUCUGCACAACAAGACCAACAACGGGCGUGAUAUAGUAACAUGGCCUGGUAUAUUGCCGUGCAUAUCCAAUGUUUCUGGUAAACCAUUCACCGACAAGGAUCAACUCAAAGACCUCCUCGCGCGCAGUUGUGUCGAAACAGUACAAUGGUGGAAGAGCGUAAAGUAUCUACACGAAGAAGAGAAGAUAAUGCGCUAUGUGGGCAUCGGGCCAGGCAAGGUUGGUAGGAAUCUGGUAGGUAAAGAAGUCGGAAUGAAAGGGUCCGUCAAGGGAGGGGGCGUGUGGGGCAUCACUAGCCCCAAAGAAAUGGAAGAGGUUAUGCAAGCCCUAGAUGAGACGGAGAAUGUGGAAGCAGAGUGA